CGGGGCCGGGGCGAAACCGGGCGACACGGGGGAGGAAAGGCGUUUUUUCUCGUUUUUCUUUGGCACCAGAUCAUCUCAAAGGGCGUUGAAAGAUUGAUGUGCAGCUCACAUUGGAAAAGAGGAACGACCUACGAGCUGCUUGGAAUAAGGGUCCCUGUUUCUGCCCCAGAAAGCAAGUUUCCAUGGAGGCAAGUUCGUCCCUCAGCCUCAAACGCAGAUAUGAAGAGGUGGUCAACAGCUCUCCAUUCUCUACACCUAAAGACUCUGACGAUGACAUCUCCAGCAGUGACAGCGCCGACAGCUGCGACAGCAUCAACCCCCCCUCCAGCACCACAUUUAACCCCACCUCCAUCCUCAGGCAGCACAAGCCCUCGCUGGGUGGAAAACGGGUGCGUUUCGAUGUGGUGACGGUGUACUACUUCCCCCGUCGCCAGGGGUUCACCAGCGUGCCCAGCCAAGGGGGAAGCUCCCUGGGAAUGGCUCGUCACCACUCCUCCAUCAAACACUACACGCUGGGAGAAUUCGCCCGGGAACAAGAGACGAGCCACCGACACACAUUACGCCAACACCUGCGCCAAGAGAAGCUCAACGCACGCAAGAUGAAGCUGACAAGGAACGGCACAGUAGAGUGCGCUCAGGCAGACCUGCUGACUCUGGAUGACGUCUCAGACGAGGACCUAGAUGUGGACGGCGUGGAGGUGGAUGAUUGUUUCUUCCUCCAGCCGCUGCCCACGAAGCGCCGCCGGGCCCUCCUGCGAGCGUCUGGCAUCGCCCGCAUAGACGCCAGAGAGAAAGCUGAGCUCAGAGCGAUCCGAGUGUCGAGGGAGGAAUGUGGCUGCGACUGCCGCUUGUACUGCGACCCUCGCCACUGCGGCUGCAGCCAGGCUGGUAUCAAGUGCCAGGUGGAUCGGAUGAGUUUCCCAUGUGGAUGCUCUCGGGAGGGCUGCGGUAACGGAGCGGGCCGCAUCGAGUUCAACCCUCUCCGUGUCAGAACUCACUACUUGCACACCAUCAUGAAGCUAGACCUGGAGAAGAGGAGGAUGCUUAUACAAGGGACCGGGGAGCAGUAUGCAGAUUCUGACCUGUUUUCUUCUCCCUCCUCCACCUGCUCCACCUCCCCGGACCUCUCCUCCGUCACCGGCCUGGACUCUGAGUUGGAGGAGAGCGAGGUGCACGCUGAGGUGGAGGUUCAGGAUCUCCUUGCAGAGCAGGACAUCCUGGAGCGGGAGAACGAGACGGCUGUGUUGCAUCUUCAGAGCGCCGAGGAGCAGGAGAGGAGGGAAAGGGAGGAGGCAGAAGGGGAAGCAGUGCAGGAGCUAGACGGAGGCCUUGCAGAGCAGCCUCUCUGCCUGCUGCCUACUGCCUUAGAGGGAGAGCAGGCUGAGGUACCAGGUGUGGAGCAGGUUCUUCUGCAGGGUCCGUUCCCUACAGGGGCCACAGUGCUGUGCAUUACUGACAACCAAGAGGAAAGCCCCUCAGACCUCCUCAAAGACUCCUCCUCUCUGCUCUACUAUCAGCUCAGUCCCAUUGAGCCUGGAGCGUUCGACAGUCUGCAGAGAGAGGAGGACGCUGAACAGGAGGAGUGCUUUGUGAGAGAACAAGAGCCAGGAGAAGGGGAGAGUGAGGACAGGAAACAAGGAAGAGUAGAGGUGGAGGGGGGUGGAAAUUCUGAGAUCAUCUCCAGGCAGAGUUUGGAGAAAUCUUUGACCAAUGAGAUUCUGUGCUCAGAGCAACAUGUGGAUCUACAGGAGAGACCCUCGAGUCCCCUACAGAGUCUCUCUGAAGACGUGUGCCAACGAGGCUCCUGCAUGGAGGGAGGAGUAGCUCCACCUCCUCCUGAAGUUUAGUUCUCACUUCUCUGCAGAUAUUUUGCACAACAGCUUCAUCCAAGAUGAAAAAAAAGAAACAUUUCCAUUUAACACUGCUAUCAUGAAGAAUGAUCACAGGUUGCAAUCUGGAGUAAUGACUGUAAAUGGAUUAUGAGUAUAAGAUUACAGGAGGACAGGGGGAAGAUGAAAGCACAUACAGAUCACUCCCCUGUAGUAAUAAGGAUGCAGUUACAAGGAAACAUUGUGUGUAGUUGUGUCGGGGUUGAUAAAUGCGGCCUUAAUGGAAAAACAUUCAAACACUUGUGUGUAGGUUGUCGAUGAGAAAGUGCAACAAGUAGUGUUCUGUUAUUUUCCAAACUGAAAACAGGAUUUGUGAACGCUGACAUAAGCCUUUAUGUUUGGUGAGUUAUGGAUCCAUCAACACUAAACACAAAUUGUUUUGCAGUUGGUUGGAAGUCUGUUUAGAAACUUCACAGGCUCACUUUCCAUUACAGCAAACUUGUGCUGUAGAAAAGCCAAAUGAAGGCCUCUGAUAGAAUCCUCCGCUGAACAUAGACCUAAUAAUCCUGGAAAUACUUGUUUUUGUGUACUGUAAAUGCAUUUGAGCAAGACAGAGCUGAGAUUGCUGCUUUUGUGUGCACAAUGUGAGUGGACUGACCUCGCACUGUAUAGAAGAAGUGGAUGUGACUCAUCUUUUAGAAUAUCUCUUUUUGAAGCUUUGAAUCUGGUGUAAUGGCCACCGCCAUCUUUUUUUUUUUUGGAGGAGCCAGAUGUGACCAAAUGUGACUGACAGGUUAGAUAGUGUCGACACUCAAAAGCUCAAAUUUUAAUGAGUUUAUUUGCAGAAAAUAUCUCAUUAACUUAACAUUGGGUACAUUGACCUAAAAAGCUAGGAUUGAAAUCUUAUUACAAGUGGUCAUAUGCCAGAAAUAUGGUCUGAGUAAUGAGUACAAAUAUCUAUCAAAGCAGCAAAGAACCUUUUCCUGAUACAUUUCUUGAAAUAAGAUGUGAUACUGAAAUAUUUUCUUGCAUCAUGUGCAGAUAUUUGUCCUCAAAACAAAAAAUCUGACCUUGUUUUUGUGUCAUAAUAUCUAGAAAUAAGAUGUAUUCCAGGACUUGUUAUCAAUGUGACUUCAAUGAAGCAUAAUGAGAUAUUUUGACAACUAAUUAGACAAGUAAACUCGCUAAAAUUUGGAUUUUUGUAGUGUCAAAAGGCUUUUUUAAAGAGAACUAUCAUUGUCACGAUAAUUUCAUGCCUUGUUGAAGAAAACUUGAAGAGAACAUAAGAUAAUGUGCUGAGAAGUGGGAUCAUCUCCGGAACACUAACAUAUUUACAUCCAGUGAAGUCGCCCCCUGGUGGCCAGUAUUCAUAAUCUGGACAUCAUGCAGUAUUAAAGACUUAAAACUAGCAAUUUAGACCAUAAACUAAUUCAGAUUUCUACUAAGGUGAUAAAUCAGCUGAUGAAUAGGCUCCUUUUCUCCUUUGUUUUCAUACAACCUGACUUCUUUUUGCAGUCGCCCCCUGCUGGUCAUUAUAAAGAAUGCAGGUUCAAGGCGCUUUCACAUCGUUUACUACAUCCUCUUCUUUUAUACAGCCUGCAGGACUGAGGACAGCCAGUGUUGAUGCUCUGCUGUUUUUACAUUAAACCAACACUAGUCAGCAGACUCGCUCUGGCCUCAGUUGUCUCUGUUGCUCACCUUGGACUGCUCGUGCAAAUGCGAUUGAUUUGUCAAAAAAACCCUAGUUUACUUGUAGUUACAAUGCCUAUGAUAUUAUGAAUAUUACUUUGUGUCUUUUGUGGAUUAGAUGCUGUCGGUUUGAAGUCCUCGCAGUUUUUUUAAAUAUUAGAGUGAAAGGAAAUGUUCUUUCUUCAAUACUGCUGCACUGUAACACCAUGUAGUUAGUCAUGUCAUGAUGUGAAACGUCAGAAACAUCUUUGAUGAAAGGAAGAGAUGAGUCAAAUCUCAUAGAAAGAAAAUAACACUUAAAAGUCGUGAUGGGAUGGUACUAAUUUAUGAGCAGAUUGACCUGAAUUUGUAUAUUUUGUGUUCACUCUGUACGGUAUGGGUGUGUGUGUGUGUGAGUGCGUGCAUACUUUACAUUAGUGCGUCCGUGUAAGAGAAACAGUUCCCUGUAUGUACUGUAAAAUGAAAAGGUGUGUUUUAGUGAGGAUACAUAUUUUAUUCCUGAAAGGUGCUGAUGUUACAGAUUUACACUUCAUUGUUUUUUUCUCUCUCCCUGCCAUCAUGAGAAAUAUGAUUUCAUGGAGAUGUUUCUUGAUGACUGAAAGUAAGAAGUUAAAGUGUUGGAGAUUCUCUUGUAGGAAUGCAAUAGCUACUGCACUGCAAAUCAUUAACUUGGCGAUUCUUGAAAAAGUUGUGCUUUUUGUUCAUUGAAAUGCAAUCCUUUUACAUGUUUGGUCUUUUUAAAAGUCUUUAUGUUGGAAUGAUUGAUACUGAUCUGUGUUCUUACACCAGAACACUCCUUUGUUUUGUUGCCUAGAAUACAUUUGUUGCUUUUGGUAACACAGGAUGUUCUGUAGUGUGAGACGUCUGAUGUGUUUCUUUGCCUUUUUUUUCUUUGUUUAAAAUCGUCUUAAUAUAAUUCUGCUUAAGAGUUGCACCAAAGCAGUGGUUUCAGACCUAAUUAAAUGAUGCUUUCAUCCAUCAGAUGUGAACAAAGCAGUCUCCUGUAGUUAUUGUGAGGCUGUAGAUUUAUUGUGGUCAUGUGAUUCGCCCUUUUCAUAGAGCCAUCUUUGAAGUGAUGAUGAUUACAAGCUGCCUAUUGUUGAGCUUUUUGUCCUUGGCUUUCUUCUAAUAGACUUUUAGGUUUGGGACCACUGCAUCGAAUCGACUCCAUGCCACACUAUGUGAUUGUGUGUAUUUGUGUGAAUGGGCAUUGUGUGAGUGUGGGUGUGACAAAGACUGAUACGUUUAGACUUCAUCUAAAAGCUGUGAGAAGUACUCUCAUGCUAACUGUUGCCUAAAGUGGACAAAAAAGGAUUUUAUACAAAAAAUAAAAACAAUAAACACUCAUUUUAAAGAAGGAA